AGUAGGAGUUGCAGAGGCACCCUAAGCAAACCUGACGAUUCUGGUUCUUGGCAUAACGCAUCGAGGUUGGCUGGGACUUCUCUGGAGCGUGUCUCAUAGUUUUUUCCAAACCACUACGACUGGUGUCCUUUGUUGCAACGUCGACACGAUAAAAUGGGGCGACUCCGCGACGGGUUCGACUACCCGCUUCCAAAAACGUAUCAUGAAGGCGUCAAAGGCGGGCGCUCUGUUAUGGCCAGCGGUCGCGAUGCAGUCCAGCCAAAAACCACUCCAAUGCUUACGCCAGGGCCGACCAGGUGUUAUAAAUUGAUAUUUUUACUUUUAGUCUGUUUUUCCUCAUUUAUUUUUCGCCACUCGUCGUUAUAGAGCAAGGUCGUGUGUGGGUGUGCGUCCCAUUCCAUUACUUUUUUCAUUUUCUCCGUAGAUAAUUAAUGGUGAUCGAAAUCAGGGUAAUGGUAAGAACAACUUCUACGCCGUCAUUCGCAUUUUUCCAUUGAAUGCUUCUGAUGCAGGUACAAUCCUGUCCUUGGGUCGGUGAUCGGACAAAUCAGAAGCACAAUUAACUGGGCACGAGCACCACCACGAUUCAAAGAGGCCGGAGGUACAGUGAGUUUCCAUUACCAGGAUAAGCCGUGAGUAGACCACAACUUGAUGAUUUUUUGACCUUACUGGAGAACGUGUACUUUGCAAAAUUAGUUCAUGAUGAUCGUAUCUUUGACGCCGGACAAGCACGGAGAAACGUACACGUAGAUAGUUCGUUGCGAGCAGGCUGCAAAAAAUUUACGACAGCGAAAAUAUCGAAGACGGAUGUCAGAAAUUACAACCCGGAGCAGCCGAGCAGAGCACCGAAGUGGUCGAUGCCAAAAGGCAAAGGGCACACGGUAUUUUUGUGACAAAUUUUGAGCAUCAUUCAUUGAUUUGCGUUGCUCUGCAAUGGAUUCGACGCCGCUCUGCGUCAGCAGUUGCAAACUUCUGCGACGUGCAUCACCAUCAAAACAAAAACCAGGUUCCGCGAUUGAAAACCUUUGGCGCAGAUGUUUUCUAUGACGUCAAGAAGGACUACGUAGACUGUGCACAGGUCGGCGGUGAAGGCGGAAUUCUGGUGCAGGGGGCGGUGCAAGGCCUGGGAACCCGACCAGUUAAGUGUGCGGAUCUGAAGCUGCGACCCAAAGCCGAGGCCAGAGUGAAGAACUAUCCCCAGAGACCAGGACCGGGCACGUAUCGGAAUUGUUUCGGAAUUUUGAAGUUUUCAUUGUGAAUUGUUUUACAUAUUCCCCCGUGCAGAUGAAGACAAGACGUCUGGACAGAUGAUGGCUCGGGCUCCAUUUGCUGCGAUGAAAUUCUGAACUGUGUGUCGGCGGUUCAUCUCAGGUAUGCAAACCAGCAGGACGCGGUUUUAGAUAGGCCACCGUGCUACACGCAGACGAAGUGCGACUUGGACAAGGCACGCUUCCCCGGAAGUUAUGUGCUAUCCAAGCGGGGCACGCCACCACCAGGCACGUACGAGUGGGAUGACGUCGUGAAGAAGGGAAAGAACUGUAAUGGCGCGCGCCUGGAGCAACAGCUCGGCCACGCCAGCUCGUUCGGGAUGGGAGCAUCGUAAGAGGAGAAUAUAUCAAGGUGCUGGAACACGUUCAUUCUCCUCGCGUCUUCGAGCUACGUAAAAAUGAACUACACGAUUCUUCAACACAAUUGCAAUUCCAAGUAUACACCGUAAAGUAUGUAAUAUUAUCCUUUUUACAAUUCUGUAUGCUGCGAGCAGAAGUAGUGGCAUCGCAAGUAGAACUAUCAUGUUAGACGAACUUUUGGUAUCAAGCUGAUUCACAGAUUUUCGACAAGAACUGCAAGUUAUGUUUGGAUACUUUUAUUGUAGAGUUUGGAAUGCACCGAUGAGACUGUCGAAAUGAAAUAAGAUUUGGAGAAUUUUGAUGUCACUCGUCUGUGCUUUUCUGUAUCACAAUCACAAAAAAAGGUCCCACCUCGACGCAGUCGCAACUUGUAGAACCUCUGGAGCCCCUGCUCCAGAAGGGCCGAGACCAGAAUGCCUGGUUCUGGCUCUUCAGUAUGCCCUUUGUGCUAGUACAAUUCUAACGCCCGAACAAAGCUAAGCAUACUCUCGCAUCAGUCCAAUGAACUCGGUUUCCUCAUCGUGCACAGACAACACUUCAAAGGCUAUUAUCGUGCAAACGCAACCGUCAAGUCGUGCCAACGAUCCGUUUCAGUCGUACACAACUAUUCGUGCAGAUCGUGUCGCAGAGCUACUACCUACGCAUCGAUAAUCGUCAUCUGACUGACUGUACAGUUUUGUUUACAUUUUUAUCCUCCUACCUACUGCUAGUGGUAAAAGGAAACAUAAACCCACAAAGUCGUCGAACGUUCUGAG